AUGCCCCCGGGAGGCCCAGCUUGCAUAACAUGCCGUGAAAAGUGUCGCAAAUGCGACCGAGCAAAACCUGCCUGCCAAAGAUGUAUCACCAAAGGUCUUCAAUGUAAAGGAUAUCCAGAGAAGUUUCGCUUUGCGGGACUAGCGACCCGGGGGAAAUGGAAGAACAGGGCAGUCCCUGCUGUGACCCGUGGCCAUGCCCUGACGUCGGACAUUGGAAGCAUUCCUCCAGAUCCUACUGACGAGGAGCUCGUCCAUAAGCCAAGUGAUAGUAUCUUCGAUACGACGAAUGAAGAAGCGCCACUUCCGGUCACCCAUCUAUGGCCACGGCCACGGCCAGAAGGGCAAAGUGUGGAGUUGGAUGAUUUGUUGAUGUUGGAAAGGACGGAGCUACUGUUGGCACAUUCUGAAUCUGUGAAGAUCUUUGAGUCGGGCAUCUCCACCCACGGCGCUCAUAUCACAGGUGCCUUGUCCAUUUGCAACCAGUUGCGCCUGUGUGAUACUUUGACCCGGAAUGAUAGAAGAACUGUGUUCUUCUUGGGAAACUUAGCAUGGCAAGCGGUCUCAUCCGGUUAUUCGCUGGACAUCAUCCGUUCACUUACAGACCCCCAACGACUAUGCUUCUCCUCUAAGCUUCGUGAAGUCGUUGCGGAUCUGAGCGAUUUGAAAUUCGAGCGCGUCAAUGGCUGCCCCCGCGAAUUGUUCUUGAUCAUGGGCAACGUCCUAGAACAUGCCAAGGCGCAUGCCACGGGCAAGUUAGAAACUCCAGAGUUCGAGCGACUCCUCAGUGCCCACCGAUACCAAUUAUUUUCAUGGCGCUUGAAGCCUGAUAGAUAUCCGAACGAUGAUCCACGCUGGCCCGCAAUUGCCGAGGCGUUUCGCCACGCGUGCAUCCUGCACACAUCUCGCUUGUUGGAUGUAGCCCAACCAGCCGAAGCGCCAAUAAUAAAGGAUUCCGUGACAGCAAUCCUGGACUCUCUGGCAGAGAUACCUGCAGAGUGUUCUCUGAUCGAGUUGGCGGUCAUGCCACUGUUCAUGGCAGGGGCUGAUGCUUUGUCCCCGCACGCGCGGCACUAUGUCCUUCUGCGGCUUGACCAUGUCCGGGUACAUGGUGGGCUGGGCAAUGAGACGGCGAUAUCUCUGCUUCAGUCUGUUUGGGACGCGCGAGGGAAGCAAGCGAAAAAUGACUGCAGCAAUGUUCAUUGGGUCUUGUUUACUCGUAAUGCCGAAUUGGAACGGCAACAUGACUAUCUUAUUAUAUAG